UGUCCAGGAGUGUGCUUUGUCUACCAUUUAGUUGUCCAUCUUACUGCAGUCUCCGUUGAUCCGGCGGAUGCCAACGUGCGAGAAAAAAACUAUCUAAGGCCUCUGGCCACCUUCAGUCGUAGCCAGCAUGCACAUGUCAUUGAAAACCAUCAUUGCCAUGUCUGUGAUGUAGAUGUGAGUGCGAAGUCAAAGCACUGUGGAACUUGCAACAAGUGUGUGUGUGGCUUUGAUCACCACUGCAAAUGGCUCAACAACUGCGUGGGAGAGAGGAAUUACUGGCUCUUUCUGAACAGCGUGCUCUCUGCCAUUCUGGGCCUUGGGCUUCUGCUCCUUGUCGCUUGCUACAUCUUCGUGGAGUUCUUCAUUGACCCCGGGAUGCUUCGCUCCGACCAGCACUUUGAAGCUCUCAGGAACCACACAGACCGCUGGUUUGUGUUUCUUCCUGCAGCCCCUGUUGAGACUCAGGCACCUGCCAUUUUGGUCACGGCUGGGAUUUUUAUUCUUCUGAGCCUAAUGACCGUGAUCCUGCUGGGCCACCUCCUGACCUUUCACAUCUAUCUCAUGUGGAACAAACUGACUACAUAUGAGUACAUCCUGCAGCAGCGUCCCCACCAAGAGGUGAAAGAGGCAGACAGGCAACUGGAAUCUUGUCCCUCACAAGCAAGACCCAGUCAGGAAGCAGACUUUUUUCCAGGUAACCCUGGCUACACAGAGCCUGGUAUUCAAGUAGAGGAAUUCUCAACAAUGUCUUCAGGAAAAGGCUUUCCAGAGCUCUACGCCCGCAGUGAUGCCACUGCCCCCGAGCAGAGCUCCUCCCCUGGCCUCCCAGCCCUCCACGCUGCCCUCCCUUCUCAGCGACAGAAAAAAAGAAGAAAGAAGAUGCAUAAAUCUUCUUCCUCUGCAACAGGGAGCAGAUCUAGGACAUGCAGCAGACCUUGGCCCUCUUCUCCAGGCCCCCACUCAGACAGUCCCAGAGGUGACAAGAAGAAGAAUCUGUAUUCUGGGCACAAGGUAAAAAGGAAAAGCUGCCAGCAAGACAGACGUGUGGUACGAGACCUGGAACUUUUUUCUAAGGUCCCUGCUGUGUUUGUCAGUAGGAGCAGUGGAGAACCUCCUGUCUCCCAGCCCCGUGAGAGCACAGCCGAGCCACAGCACAGAAAAUGUGCCAGCAAGCAGCACGUGGGCAGACGUGAGCCGUGCUUGAGGGACAUAAGGACAGACACCACAGAGGCCUAG